UGUGUGCGCGUGCAGGCAGAUUAAGGACCAGUCGAAGAAGAUGUCCAACCUGAAACACAUGGAGCAGCUGGAGAAGAGCAGGAACGCCCAGCUGAUGGACGACGCCAAGAAGAGAGAGGACAACCUGAACCAAAGCUCCCAGCAGAUCAAGGACUCCCUCCGUCAGAAGGAGGAGCGCAUCGAGGAGCUGGAGGAGGCGCUGAGGGAAAGCGUUCAGAUCACAGCGGAGAGGGAGGUGGUGCUCGCCCAGGAGGAGCAUUCACGCACACACUCUGAGAAACAG